AAACGAACAACUCUUUCUUAUUAUAUGCCCUUACUAUUCUUGCUAAGAGCCAUACAUACGUUUGAAAUUGUUCCAUCUGGUUACAUUUCGCACAAUUAUGAAUUGGCAGACAGUUGAAGAUCAAUAUUUCAGUGACAGCAAAUUUUUCGCGCAGUUAGUCGGCAUCUGGCCACAACAGGAGAGAUUCACCAAAUUUUUUAUACGACUUUUCAUAUUCGUUUUAAUCAUUGUUGCCCUCAUAACCCAGGUAUCUCGGGUUAUAGUAUUUUAUAGUACAGACACGCUGAUGGACCAACUGAUAUAUCUGACUAUAACUAUAAUAAUUCCAAUUAAACAGUACAAUUACAUCCUGAAUGAAAAGAAGAUGGAAGAACUUUUGAGUGAAAUCGUGAUCGAUCACCUGAUGGAACGGCCGAAGGAAGAACUGGAAAUUUUGGACACGUACUAUAAGAAGGCGAUAAUAUUUUCUUUUAUAUAUAAAGCCAGUAUAUCCACAUCAGCCUUGAUGUUUAUCCUCAUGCCGGCCAUACCACCUAUUUUGAACAUCAUAGCGCCCCUGAACGAGUCACGAGGUCGCGAAUUCGUCUAUCCAGCUUAUUAUUUCGUUGAUGAACAGCAAUAUUAUUAUCCUAUACUAGCGAAUAUGAUAGCAGGAGAACUAGUACUUAUAGCUGUAUAUAUCGCCACUGAUAUCAAUCUGAUAUAUGUCAUAUAUCAUGGAUGUGCUUUGUUGGUCAUCAGCGGAUAUCGUUUCAAGCACGCGUUAGACGAUGUGAAUCUAUAUGAUGAAAAGUACAACGAUGCAUUAAUGCAUGAGGCUUACGCGAAGGUGUGCCGAUCCAUUGAAGCUCACAAAAGAGCUGUCAAAUACAUGCAGAAAAUCGACGCUUGCUACGUGCAUUAUUUCUUGAUAGUCUUGGGCAUGACAAUCGUAGCAUUCACAUUUACUUUCGUUAAGCUGUCAACGAUGGAAAUGGGGACAAAAUUCUUCACGUUUUGUGUAUGCACUGUCGCUCAACUGGUUCAUUUGUUAUUUUUGACGAUUAUGGGACAGUCUGUGGAAAACUCCAACAAUGAAAUUUUUCAGACAAUAUAUGAAGCCAAUUGGUACAGUGGCUCGUCGAGAACACAGUUACUGUAUGUACUAGUGUUGCGAAAAUGUCUAAACCCGCCUGUGCUAUCAGGUGGAGGAUUGAUCCCUUUAAACUUGUUCAGCUUUGUACAGGUCCUCAAAGCAUCUUUUUCGUAUUACACAGUGUUUAGGUCUGCGUAGUUCGAAGAGAAAGUAAUUCGAAUAUACAAUGUCCG